AACCUAACAUUAUUCUAAAGUGAUCCGUCCCACGUCGAAGACGGCAUAAUGACAGCGAUGCUGCCAUUGAUUGGCCAGGAAUAUGACGUCAUCGAUGUUGUUUUCUCAGCUUUGGAUGAGACCGUCUGCGAAGGGAAUCAACGGAGUACGAAUUAAUGCCGGGGAUUAUUAUCAGUAGCAAAUUUGUGGACAAUGGAUGCUGGGCCAUUCUUCCUGUGCAGUUGUUGUGGGACUCAAUUCCCAUCAGCCCUACAACUGUCCCAGCAUUGUGCCACACACCAUCAAAUCUUUGAGCUCUCUCCAUUCAUCAGUGUUGGAAGUUUAUUACCAACAGGACUGGGUGCAAUCCCUCAAGUUCAACCAGCUCAUCUUUAUGAACCUAUUGAACAACAUCCAACCACCAGGAAACCCAGUGGCCAUGAUUUUACUCUAACACAGCUACAGACUGUGAACACAUCUUCACAAGGUUACCCUGUUGCUUCCUCUACACACCACUGGCAAUCAGGGGAAGACACACACAGGGAGAGUGAUAAACUACCAGUCUCGUCCAUGAAUCUUCCCAAAGAGCUGGGAUCAGAGUGUAGUGCCAGAUCAGGAGCUACCCAAUCAGCAAUACCAAUCGCAUUGAACCAGUGCCAGGAGCGGGAAGAGGCCCAAAGCAAAAUCAAGUAUACUCUUGCGAAUCUAACUCCAACAUCAGAAGCUCAUGUGAAAUGGGCUUCAAGUUUUUCUUCAGAUAAGGAUGGAAAUCAUAGCAUGCAAACUGUUAGUCAAGUUGCAAGCCAGCUCUACUCCAUUGGUGACAAAACACCAACAACUACAAAUGAAGCGAGAAUGAUGCAGACACACAUCGGGGGACCAACUGCAGCUCCUGGCACAUUUUCUGUCAUUCAAAGCAAUCAAUGCCGCCAUACGGGGCAAAAAGACCACAUAAAAAAGGAUAGUUCAAGAUUCCAGAAACCAAUAUUGAGCUCAGUUUCAGUGGUAUCUCCAUUUACCAAAGACACUGAAGGAGGAAGCAUGAAUCGCCCUGGAGGUUCCUUACGACUAUGUUCCUCGACAGUCCCUGCCCAUCCUUUACACAAGCAACAGUCUGUUCUGCCAACCCACACCUUUCCCAUGAGUGUUCUGACUGCUGUAGGUGUGACCCAAACAGAAUCUGUCAUCAAGCCAACUAAACCAUCCAGAGGGCAAGGACCAAGACCAUUCUCCUGUCCUACCUGUCUGAAGACAUUCACCCUCAAGUGUAACCUACAGCAACACGAGAUUUAUGCUCAUUCUGAUGACAGACCUUAUGCCUGCUCAAAGUGUGAUAGAUCUUUCAAGUUGAAAGGCCAUCUCAAAGAACAUGAACGCAAUGCCCACAGUGAGGAGAGACCUUUCAAGUGUUCACAGUGUGAGAAAACCUUCAAACAAAAAAGCCAUCUUAAAGGUCACAUGUCGAUCCAUGAUGGGGCCAAACCACACCGGUGCGAAACCUGCCAUCUCGUCUUCCGCCAGAAACAGCACCUGAAGCGGCACGUCCUCACCCACACUGGCAAACGCCUCUUCUCCUGUCCUCACUGCCCUUCCACAUUCAACAUCAGCAGCGACCUGAAGCGCCACGACCGCAUCCACACUGGGGAGAGGCCGUUCCACUGCACACACUGUGGGAAAGGCUUUGCCCGGAAACAGGCUGUCAGGAUACACGAGCGGAUCCAUCAGAAACCCUUCACUUGCCAGAGGUGUAAUAAGAGCUUCAGAGACCUGCAGGCGCUGUCAGAACAUGAAAAGAAACAUGUGAAGACAUUGUCGCAUGACUGUAGAGAAUGUGAUCAACGGUUCAGCCUCUUUAUGGAGCUCAAAGAUCAUAUGACGAUACAUACAGGAAAAAACAUGGUUGCAAAGAAAAAGAAGACUACAAAGCAGAAGGGUCCGUCUGCAAGACCAGUUCUCAGGAUGACAAGGCAGAGAGCAGCAGCAGCAGCAGAUAAAGCCUAUAGGAAAAUAAAUGCAAAGCCUUCAAGUUCUGCGAAGAAAGAGCAUACUUCAACUGACAACGAGAGGCUUUCUUGCCAUGUUUGUCACAGGACAUUUCAGAAGCAGUGUUAUGUGUUGCGCCAUGAGCUGAAGUGCCAUGGCAUACAGCAUCAUCUGUAUCAUUGCAAAGAAUGUGGAGAAACCUUCACUGGACGGAAUGCCCUCAUGACCCAUGCCCGGGAGCAUAAGGACCCUGAGAGAUUCAGGUGUGACCAAUGCAGCAGUGGCUUCAGGUAUGAGUCUCAGCUUCAUCGGCACCUGGACACCGCACAUGGUGUGAAGCCCUUCUCCUGUAAGGUCUGCUCCAAGACUUUCACACUAAAGAAGUCCUUCUUGGAGCAUAGUAAAACAUGUACUGAAGAAAAUACUUUAACCUGUGAGCUUUGUAAGGAUGUCUUCAAGCGAAUGGUAUCACUGCUGCGGCACAAGGUCAGAGUUCAUGGUCUACGACCGUAUACAUGUUCCAUCUGUGAGAGAGGCUUCGCGAACAAGGGAACGCUCCAGCGGCACACCAUAACUCACAGUAGUGACCGUCCUCACCAAUGUCAGUACUGUUCAAAGACCUUCAAGGAGAAGCGCCAAGUUGACCAACACGAGAAGGUCCACAGAGGUGAAAGGCCAUUCCAGUGUUUCCAGUGUGGACUUUCCUUCCAUCGUAUGGCAUACCUGGAGCGCCAUGAGGCCAUUCAUACAGGAGAGAAGCGGUUUCAUUGUCCUCAUUGUCCGACAGCUUUCUACAUGGGCCAUGAUCUUAAGAGGCACCUAAGGAUCCAUACAGGAGAAAAGCCAUUUACCUGCAAGAUAUGCAAGAAAGCGUUCCGAAGAAAAGCAGCUGUUGUCUACCAUGAGAGGCAAGUCCACAUGAGGAAAUUCCAGUGCAGCUACUGUUCAAGGAAGUUCUUCACCAAGACAGAACUAGAUGGACAUACUGUCAUACACUUGGGUACUCCGCCGCCACCUCCUAUUCCUCCUCUUCAGAUUCAACAAGACAAAUCAGAUGAAGCAAAUCAACUGACCAGAGAGUCUGAAGGUGAACAUUUAGUGUCAAACCUUGCUCCAUCUUUGGACACUGGUGCAAUACAAAUAACUGGAUUCAGUUGCAUUGAUAUGACUAAUACUAGUCAUGGAUCGCACGAUGGCUCAGAUACCUGUAAUACUCCCCAUCGGCCCUCUGACAUCCCACCCAGCCAGAGUGAAACAUCAGUCCCUGAUAGUAGUCAAACAUCAGCCCCAAGUGCUCCAUCCGAUGAGAGUGAGGUCACAUUUUUCUUGUGUAACUCCUGUGGCAUUUUAUUUUCCAGUGCACUCAUGCUAGCCAGACAUACCCAGCUCCUGCACAACCCAUCUAUUACCAUUAAUAGUCCUGCUUAUAAACAAGAUCCCACCAAGAGAGGGAAUAAGAACAAUAGGAGUAAGGGCAAGGAGAAGGGGAAAUUGGAGGUUAUGGGGGAUGCAAGAAAACAUCAAAUUUGUGCGGAAUGUGGAGAAGAGUACACAAGUGAUUCAAAAGCCCAUUUCCAUGAAUGCCUGGAUCCUAGUAGCAUACCCAUAUCCCCUGGACCAGAGGUUGUUGAAGAACCAGGAUCUGAUUAUGAGGACCAGAACCCUGUGGGGAACGAUGGACCCCAUAAGGAGAAGGAUGAAUCUCUGUAUUACUGUGGAGAGUGUGGCAAGGGCUUCAAGAAGAUCAGCAGUCGCAACGUCCAUCAGCGAAUCCACACAGGAGAUAAGCCGUUUGUGUGCAAGACUUGCAACAAGGCAUUCUCGGUAAAGAGCAACCUAAAGCAACAUGAGAUAGCAAAGCACUCAGACGAAAGACCUUAUAAUUGUAUAAAGUGCAGUGCCAGGUUUAAACAGCGUAGCCACUUAAAGUCUCAUGAGCAGAUCCAUGACGGCAUUAAGAAAUAUGAAUGCACCAUCUGCCAUCAGAAGUUCAGGCAGCCGUCGCAUCUGCAGAGGCAUAAGCUCGUUCAUGAUGGGAUUAAACAGUACAAGUGUGAACACUGCCCCUCUGCAUUCAAUCUGGCCAGCGACUUACAGCGCCAUUCAUUGAUCCACGCUGGAGUCAAGCCAUUCCCCUGCGAUCAGUGUGAGAAGCGUUUCAGACGGAAGUUUCAGCUGAAAGUCCACCAGCAGACUCAUUCCGGGGAGCUCCCCCUCCAGUGUCCACAUUGCAGGAAAGCCUUCCUGGAUAAGAAGUGCUUUGAGAGCCAUGUAUCUGCGCAUGAAGGGAAGACCCUUCACAAGUGCGAUGCUUGCGGGAAGUCCUUCAGCACUGACUACGUCCUGAAGCGCCAUUCCUGUAAACAGAAAUCUGUAGGAUGUUUGAAGUGUCAACAGUGCGCAAGGUCUUUCAAAUGCAAGAACUCUCUUGAUAAACACAGAUGCAGGAGAAGAAUCACAGACUCCUGACCAGAGAUCAUUCUUUGGUGUACAUGUACACCAUGCAAAUCAGAUGGAUCUGUAAAAUGAAGUCCCAGCGGCAGUCAAUUACUAGUCAUCAUGGUGUUCUACAGUCAGAAGAGCAUGUGGUCUAAUUCAGGUCAGUGAGUUGAUCCAAUCCAGCAAAUGUAUCAGCAUACAGCAUCUGAAUGAAAUUCCUAGAAAGGCCCCUGUAAAAAGAACAUCUCAUCAUCGGCAUCUGUACAGUCUAUGACGCCAUCGCAGAUCUGAUCAUCUGUAACGCAAUACUUCUCUCCAUGACA